AUGUCUGACCCCAAAUUCACAGAUUCGACACUCCUCUUUGGCGAUAGCAUUACAGAGUCGUGCGCGUCUGAGUCCCUUCAUCAGCGCAUGUCGAAACGCUACAGUCGCGUCCUGGACAUCAUCAACCGGGGCUUCAGCGGGUAUAACAGUCGAUGGGCUAUCCCGGCUCUCAAAGAGAUACUUGCCAAGCCAGAGUCGCCAUCCCAGGGCAUCAGACUCAUCACCGUCUGGUUCGGUACCAACGAUGCCAUGCUCCCCGAGAGUCAUCAGUCGGUCCCGAUCGGCGAAUACAAGCAGAACAUGAGGUCCAUCGUUGAGCUUGUGCGCGAUCGCAUCCCCAACACCAAGAUCGUGAUCCUUACGCCUGGACCGACCGGCAACACUGUCAAUCCGCUUCGCCACCCGGACAGGCCAUUGAUAUACGCCACGCCCUGCGAAGAGGUCGCCAUUGAGGUCGGCGUCCCCGUGCUGAACGUCUAUGACGUGAUGGUCAAAGCGGCGGGGGGUGCUACGCCGGACAAGCUUGACCCAUACCUAUACGAUGGGGUUCACUUCUCAUCCGCCGGAUAUCAGCGUGUUGGUCGAAGGCUCCCCAACUGGGAUACGAUUGGGACUCACUACGAGGAGCAGAUGGUGGCACAAGGAUAA